AUGGUGUCGCUACUGCCUCUACCCCUGUAUUCGCCAGCAACCGAGUCCUGGCAGUCUUAUCUCGCUCGUUUCAAAUGCUACCUUGAGGCAAAUGCUCUCACCAAUUUGACGGACAAUCGGAAAAGAGCUCUUUUCCACACCGUCUGUGGCUCAGAAGUUUUUGAGAAGGCUAGUGCUCUUGUGGCUCCGCUUGCGGUGCAGGCCGCACCUUGGAACAUACUGACUGAGAAACUCAAGGGACACUACGCACCCAAGGUGUCCAGAAUCACUGCCCGUCAUGCGUUCCAUCAUCAAAUCCAAACUGGGGGGGAGACAAUCAGUGAGUUCUUAUCAGCCCUCAGGAAGGUUGCAUACCACUGUGAAUUCCGGGACUUGGACGGUGCCCUGUGGAUCGAAUCGUGUGCCGUGUGAGGGAUGAGAAACUACAGCACCGUUUCCUUACCAAGUCUGAUCUCACUCUCAAAGAGGCCAUUGAGGAAGCUCAAGCCGCGGAGGCAGCGAAACAUUCAACAGCGGAGAUACGCAAGGCCAACAGCACAACAAUUUCAAAGAAGCCAACCUCGGUUCACCAUGGAGAGAUCAGCAAUUCCGAAGGCUGCUCAGAUGAAGAGGACGAUGUUUGCCGCAUCAAGCAGAAAUGUGGAAAGGUCAAACGGUGA